UUUUCAAUGUCAAUUUUUUUCCCGCUGUUGUUGUCAUCAAUUGUUGUUAAAUCAUUAUAAUAUAAUUAUCAUCAAUAUUUUUGGAAAAAAAAUAUUUUAUGACAAAAAUGACAUCAAAUAAAUUCCUUUUAAUCAUACGAUUUGCUGCAUUCCUUUUGUAUGGUUAUUCAGUAUUUUAUCGUCAAAAGAAUGAAACACUACCACCUCACUUACGAAAUCGGCCAUUUGGCAAAUGGAAAUUUCUAACCUAUUGGGAUUUGUUAUUACAAUUUGGAUUUUUUGGAUUGGCAUUGAUUGGUUCGUUUCGAUGGACACCAAAAUCAUUUGGACGUUUAGUUGAUUUUGUGUUCUAUUCAUUGGCAUUCCCGGUCGCCAUGUUUGUGGCCAUUUCAUUCUGGUCACUUUGGUCGAUUGACCGUGAACUAGUAUUUCCAAAAGCAUAUGAUCCAUAUUAUCCGUAUUGGCUUCAUCAAACAUCGCAUACAUUGGUCGCUUUACUUGUGUUGGUCGAAUUGAUUUUUGCAAAUCGUAAUCCACCAUCAAAACAAGCACAUGGUUUGAUUAUGAUCAAUCUAUUCAGCUAUGUAUAUGCAUUAUGGGUACUUUACAUUGCUCUUACAACCGACAUCUGGGUGUAUCCUGUUUUACAAAAACUUAAUUGGCCUUUACGUAUUUGUUUCGGUGUUGCACUUGGUUUGAUCAAUUCACUAUUCUAUAAAAUGGCUAUAUUUUGUCGACAGAAUUUCUUCAAACAAACACCCAAUCGUAAUAAUAAAAAGAUUAAAUAAAACAAUAUUGUUCUAAACAU